GGCUUCUUCCCGCCUGCCGCUGCCGAGACCCAGGCCGAGACUGGGAAGAACGGUGCUGCCCGGUCUCGGCUGUUCCUUUGCCCCCGCAGCUGGAGCAACGUCCUGAGCGAUUGGUUGGGUGCGAACCCCGCAGUCCGAGCGCGCGGCGCAAACGCACGGCCCCCGCCACUGCCGUCCUCUCCUCCCUCCCUCGCCUCCCCUCCCAUCCUCUCCCUCCGCCCCCCCACCCCCAGCCUCCACUGCGGCGGGAGGAAGAACCUUUCCGACCAGCCAGGAGAGCCCAGAUCGAUUCCCAUUUGGGGAGAAAGAAGAGACCCUCCCCACCCCCGCACUCCGUACAGACCGACUCCUGGCCCUGGGCUACGAACGUUCUCGCCGCCGACCGGAGAGACCACACGGAGCGCAGCCCCUCGACCAUCAUCCAGUCGCUGCCGCGUAAACAGCGCUCCCCAGCGGGCCCCCGGCCUCGCCGAGCCCACUCCCCAGGCGGGGCCCGGGCCGGCAAUGCCUGGCACGGCAGCGGCGGUGGCCGCGGCUGCUGCUGGUACUGCCACCGUUGCCACAACUGCUGGCCCGGACCCGGGCUGGGGGCUCCAGGCUCUGCAGUGGGGCUGAGUCCGCAGCCCCGCCCCCCGAGCCUGAGGCCGCUGCUCAGCCGGGCGCCGGGCCUCCUCCGCCGGCGCCUCCGCCCCAGCCAAGCGGGGAGCCCGGACCCCGCGCCCAGGCCCGGACCAUGCACGGCCACCGCGCCCCGGGGGGCAUCGGGCCUUCGGAGCCCGAACACCCGGCCGCGACCCUCCCUGGCUCCCUUCCACCGGCCUCUGCCGACUCGGACCCUGGAGCCUUGGAGCCCGGACUGCCGGAGCCGAGGGGCUCAGGCUCGGCUCUCGGCGGGCCCCUGGAUUCCCAAUUUGUUGGACUCCCGGACGCCAGUCCUGGCACCGCUCCAGGCCCCCGGGUCUUCCCCUGCGGCCCCAGUCCACAGCACCACCGGGCCCUGCGCUUCUCCUACCACCUGGAGGGCUCGCAGCCCCGGCUUGGACUACACCAGGGAAACCGGAUCCUGGUGAAAAGCUUGUCCCUUGACCCUGGUCAGAGCCUUGAGCCUCACCCAGAAGGUCCCCAGCGGCUUCGCUCAGACCCAGGCCCCCCCACUGAAAGCCCCAGCCAGCGUCCUUCACCACUGAAGAGGGCACCAGGCCCAAAACCACAGGUGCCCCCGAAGCCCAGCUACCUACAGAUGCCCCGGAUGCCCCCCCCACCUGAACCCAUCCCUCCACCACCAUCACGCCCGCUGCCUGCAGACCCCCGAGUGGCCAAGGGCUUAGCCUCUAGGGCAGAGGCCAGCCCCAGUUCUGCAGCAGUGUCUUCAUUGAUUGAGAAAUUUGAAAGAGAGCCUGUGAUUGUUGCCUCGGAUAGGCCAGCCCCUGGCCCCAGCCCAGGUCCCACAGAACCAGCCAUGUUGUCACAGCCACCCCCACAGCCACCAGUGCCCCAGCUCCUUGAGGGUGAGGCCUCCCGCUGUCUGUUCCUGUUGGCUCCUGGGCCUCGUGAUGAUGAGAAAGUGCCCAACCGGGACAGUGGCAUUGACAGCAUCAGCUCACCAUCUAACAGCGAGGAGACCUGCUUCGUCAGUGAUGAUGCCCCCCCCAGCCACAGCCUCUGCCCUGGGCCCCCUGCCCUGGCCAGUGUCUCUGUUGCUUUGGCUGACCCCCACCGGCCUAGCUCCCAGGAGGUUGAUAGUGAUCUGGAGGAGGAGGACGACGAGGAAGAGGAUGAGAAGGACAGAGAAAUCCCGAUGCCCCUGAUGGAGAGACAAGAGUCUGUGGAGCUGACCGUGCAGCAGAAGGUUUUCCACAUUGCCAAUGAGCUCCUGCAAACUGAAAAGGCCUAUGUGUCCAGGCUUCAUCUCCUGGAUCAGGUGUUCUGUGCCCGGCUGCUGGAAGAAGCUCGGAACCGCAGUUCCUUCCCGGCUGAUGUUGUCCACGGUAUCUUCUCUAACAUCUGCUCCAUCUAUUGCUUCCACCAGCAGUUCCUGCUGCCUGAGCUAGAGAAGCGCAUGGAAGAAUGGGACCGCUACCCACGCAUAGGAGACAUCCUGCAGAAGCUGGCACCCUUCCUGAAGAUGUAUGGCGAGUAUGUGAAAAACUUUGACCGGGCUGUGGAACUGGUCAACACCUGGACAGAACGUUCCACUCAGUUUAAAGUGAUCAUCCAUGAAGUGCAGAAGGAGGAAGCCUGUGGCAACCUGACAUUACAGCACCACAUGCUGGAACCCGUGCAGCGCAUCCCUCGCUAUGAGCUGCUUCUCAAGGACUAUCUGUUAAAGCUGCCCCAUGGCUCCCCGGACAGCAAGGACGCCCAAAAGUCUCUGGAGCUGAUAGCUACAGCAGCAGAACACUCCAAUGCUGCCAUCCGCAAAAUGGAACGAAUGCACAAACUUCUGAAAGUAUAUGAACUACUCGGGGGUGAGGAAGACAUCGUCAGCCCCACCAAAGAGCUCAUAAAAGAAGGCCACAUCCUUAAGCUGUCAGCAAAGAAUGGGACAACUCAAGACCGAUACCUCAUACUAUUCAACGACCGCCUCCUUUACUGUGUGCCCAGGCUGCGGCUCCUUGGCCAGAAGUUUAGCGUGCGGGCACGCAUUGAUGUAGAUGGCAUGGAGCUAAAGGAAAGCUCCAACCUCAAUCUGCCUCGGACCUUCCUGGUGUCAGGAAAGCAGCGUUCCCUGGAGCUCCAGGCCAGGACUGAGGAGGAAAAGAAAGACUGGGUCCAGGCCAUCAACUCCACUCUCAUAAAGCAUGAACAGACGCUGGAAACCUUCAAGCUAUUGAACUCAACAAACAGGGAAGAUGAAGACACACCCCCUAAUUCUCCAAACGUGGAUCUUGGGAAGCGGGCACCUACACCCAUUCGAGAAAAGGAAGUCACCAUGUGCAUGCGCUGCCAGGAGCCCUUCAAUUCCAUCACCAAACGCAGGCACCACUGCAAGGCCUGUGGACAUGUGGUUUGUGGGAAGUGCUCUGAGUUCCGGGCCCGCCUCAUCUAUGACAACAACCGUUCCAAUCGUGUGUGUACUGAUUGUUACGUGGCAUUGCAUGGGAUGCCUGGGAGCAGCCCAUCCUGUAGCCAGCAUACACCCCAGCGCCGGAGAUCUAUCCUGGAGAAACAGGCCUCAGUGGCUGCGGAGAACAGCGUCAUCUGCAGCUUCCUGCACUACAUGGAGAAGGGUGGGAAAGGGUGGCACAAGGCCUGGUUCGUGGUCCCCGAGAAUGAACCCUUGGUGCUGUACAUCUAUGGAGCCCCUCAGGAUGUGAAAGCUCAGCGAAGCCUGCCCCUCAUUGGCUUUGAAGUGGGGCCUCCUGACGCAGGGGAGAGGCCUGACAGGCGGCAUGUCUUCAAGAUCACCCAGAGCCAUCUGAGCUGGUACUUCAGCCCUGAGACAGAGGAGCUGCAGCGGCGCUGGAUGGCUGUACUAGGCCGGGCAGGCCGUGGGGACACAUUCUGCCCAGGGCCCAUACUGUCUGAGGACAGGGAGAUAGAAGAGGCACCAGUGGCAGCUUCCGGAGCCACUGCUGAAACCCCUGAAGCUCCCCAAACCCGAGACAAGACCUAGAAGGUUUGGGGAUAACUGAGGCCCCCUUGCCCCACACUCUAGUUGCCCAUGUUCAAUUGGGGGCUCCAGCCUCCUCCUUCCCAGCUCAGUCAAUACUUGAACUCCCAUUAUGGGCACUUUCAAUCCUGAAUGCUGGGUCUCGGGUUUUUUAAUUCAUCUUUUCACAAAGUGUGAGCUUUUUAAAAAUAUUCCUACAGUGAUGUUAAUUUUUUUAACCCCCAUUCCCAGGGAGGGUGAGGGUUGUUGCUAGACCCACCUAAAUUAGGCCAUGUUCCCCCAUCCAUCCCAAUACCCUACAGAUCCUGCUUUUACCCAGUUCCUCCCAAAACAUGAUGUGUGUAUGGGGGCAGAUCUGGUUAAAGGCCACAUCUGCCACUGACCCAUGGCCCAUCCCACACCUGCCUCUUUAGCCAGUGUCUUCACAUGGGGUGGUAACCAGACCCCUCCUGCCUCUUCCAUGGCUUACAGCUUCUACCAGCCCCAAAGGUAUCCAGUAUUUUAUCGUCCAGACCCAUGGCAGGGCCACUGGGCAGGACAGGGGAAUGGGAGUGGGGUGGGUUGGGGGGUGGGGAAGACAGUGGAUACUCUUUGUUUGUUUUUUAAAGAAAAAUACAGUUUAUUUCAGGCUUA